GGGCACUCACUUGCUCAGAUUAACCAAUCUUCUCUCUCCAGGCAGGUGACAGCAAUUGGAUUACUACUGCAGGGAACAUCCAACUCCUGUUACCUCCUGUCUGAUCUUUGAUUGUUAUUUGUUGUUUGUUUAUUUGUCUGUAUUGUGGGGUGCAAUAUGUCGGAGUCAGGGAAGGCUGAGGGAGUUGAGAGUUCUGGGGAGACACCCCAGGUAAAGCUCGAGAUGAAAUUGCAGCCUGUAACACCUGUACCGCCUGACCCUUUAGAGGCUGAACUGCGGGACCAAGAGGAGAAACUCUGCUUGCAGACCCAGACAGUUGAGAACCUAAAGGCAGAGUUCAAGAGGAAGGAAGAGUAUGCCCAGGAAGAGGCCAGAAGAAAAGUGUUGAUUGGAGAUAUGCAGAGGAUUAUGAGCCUCGGUACGACCAGUCAGGCAAGUAAGGACAUGGCAGAAUUCAUCCUUCUGCAGGAUGAGAUUCACCGGUCCUACUUUACUAACUGGGAUGACCGAAUCUCAGGUCUGGAGACCAGUCACUCAGCUUUGUCAAAGAAGCUGGAUGACAUCUCUGCUCAGCUGAGCAACAUUGCCAAGCAGCUGCAGGUUACUCCUGUUCAGACUGUUCCCUCUUCCUUUGGCCCUUCUGCAACACCUGUCCCAAAACCCCCACACUCUAGACCUACAUCCCCACCUCUUACACCCAAGUCACCAGCACCUUCUCAGUCCUCAGCCCCAUUUGAGCCGCAACGGCCCAAGCUGACCCCUCCACCAAUGUUCUCAGGAGAAGAUCCUAAGGUGGAUGUGGCAGAUUGGGUCACUGCGCAGCGAACCUACCUGAGUGGGUUCAAAUGUGACGAGGAUGUGAAGGUGUCAACCAUCCUGGCACGGCUGGAGAGGACUGCACUAAAAUGGUGCACUUCCACCUCCAGCAAGCAGGGGAUGGAGAUGGCUGAUUGGGCGCAGAGGUUGGGGGUGGCUGGAUUUCUGCAGGCCCUGCAGGACCGGUUUGCAGACAAGGAGCAGGCAAGAAAGGCUGCAGAUAAAAUUUUGCGCCUGGGCCAGAAAAAGUUUGAUGGCUCCUUGUCCAAACUGUAUUCCACCUUUGAGAGUCUGACAUCGACUCCAGGGUUGGAGAUGAGUGAGCAGGAUCUGCUCAUUCAUUUCCUGAGGGCAGCGCCUGAGCAAUUCCAGCUUGCUCUCUUCUCUCAGGGCCACAAGGACUGGAGGUCCUUUGGCAGAGCAGCCCUGGACUUGGAGUCCAAGCUGCAUGUCCAGGAAGCAUCUUCUGAAGGAAGGAAGGGGCCCUCCUCCAAAGGGCGAAGGAGGAGGAAGGGCGCCCUGUUUGCUGCUGCAGCGUCUGGUUCUGAUAGUGACGCAGCAUCCCAGGGUGGGAGCCCUCCACCUGGGACUGCAUCAUCAUCAGCUGCAGAUCCUGUUCUUGCCCUGGCUGAUGCUUUGAUGGGCCUGGCAAAGGGAAAGGGUUGUACUAUUUUCAGCAAGAUUGACCUCAAAUCUGGUUACCACGAGAUUGAGAUGGUUGAAGGCGAUGUCCACAAGACAGUCUUCAAAACUAGGUAUGGGACUUACGAGUACCUGGUUAUGCCAUUCGGUCUUUGCAACGCGCCAGGCACCUUCCAAACAGAGAUGCACCGCAUACUGAGGCCUUACCUGGACAAGUUCGUAGUUGUCUACCUGGAUAACAUCUUGGUAUUCAGUCGUUCUGUCCAGGAGCAUGCGCAACAUCUGGCUCUGGUCCUCCAGGCCUUACGUACUAACCAGUAUAAGAUCAACAGGGAGAAAUCCUCUUUUGGAGUUCCCUCUGUAAUCUAUCUGGGACACGUGAUUUCUGGAGAGGGGUUGGCUCCUGAGGCAACGAAAGUUGCUGCAGUUCAGGACUGGCCGCGACCUGCUAACAUUCGUGAUGUCCGGUCUUUCUUGGGGCUUGCAUCCUACUACAGGAAGUUCAUUAAGAACUUCUCAGUGAUUGCAGCACCCCUGACUGAUCUUACAAAGAAAGACACUUCCUUUCUUUGGACGUCAGAGUGUCAGGAGGCCUUUACACGUCUCAAGGAGGCCUUGAUUCAUGCCCCUGUUCUGAAGUUACCUGACCCUACCUUACCUUUUGUACUAACUACAGAUGCUAGCCAGUAUGGUGUAGGGGCGGUACUUCAGCAGGACGAUGGGAAUGGUCUGCAGCCUAUCGAAUACAUGAGCAAGAAGAUCAAGACUAAGAAGCUACAGGAUUCCACCUAUGAGAAAGAGCUAUAUGCUCUUGUAGGCGAGGAGCGCCUGUGCAUUCCCCAGGACCGCAAGCUGAGGACACUUCUGAUGUCAGAGUGUCAUGACACUCGUGGUCACUUUGGUGCCCUCAAAUCUUAUGCAGCCCUGUCGCAGCGCUUCUUCUGGAAGGCGAUGAGGAGUGACAUGCUGCACUAUGUGGAAACUUGUGAGUUAUGCCAAAAGAACAAGGUUGUACGCCGACCUCCUCUUGGCCUACUCAAACCCCUACCUAUUCCUGAUGCUCCUGCACAGUCAGUAUCGAUUGAUUUCACCGACUUGGGUAGGACUACACCACGAGGUAUGAGUCAGGUCAUGGUAUGUGUGGAUCGGUUCUCCAAAUAUGCAGAGUUCAUCCCCUUACCAGCUGAGGCUCGUGUGCCAGCCAUUCAGGCGGCUUUUGCUGACAGGUGGGUCACACAUCAUGGACCACCCACCUCCAUUGUCAGUGACAGAGAUCCCCGGUUUUGCAGCAAUGAAUGGCAAUCCUACUGCAGGGAUUACCUUCAUUCGAGGUUGGACAUGACAUAUGGUCGUCAUCCUGAAGCCAAUGGUCAGGCUGAAGUGAUGAAGCAGAUUCUGUUCCAAUUGCUGCGUCCUGUGAUCAGUCCAGAUCAGCAGGACUGGGAUCUCCAUCUGAGUUGUGCACAGCUUGUGUAUAACACGUUUGUACACUCCUCUACUGGUUUUACACCCUACCGGUUGCACUGGGGUCGUGAGCCACGGCAACCUCUCGAUGAUAUCAUCGACAAGGCUACCCCGACGCUGGCGCGUGGGACUGCAGAGUUCACCAGACGUUACGGUGUGGACAUAGAACGUGCCCGUGCUAACCUGUUGAAAGCCCAAAAGGCUAUGAUUCAACAAGCUAAUAAGCACAGACGUCCUUCUACGAUUCGCACAGGUGACUGGGUGUGGGUACUCAGUUCUGAGCUGUCACGAGAGGAGGACAUCUCGCCUAAGCUGCUGCCACGAUAUAUGGGUCCAUGGCAGGUCUUAGAUACAGUGGGAGCUGAUCCGUUCGGACCGUCCUAUAUUGUGGACGUCCCUCUGCAUCUACAAACCUACCCUCUCUUUCAUGCAUCUAAGCUGUUGCCAUUCACGCCAGCUGAUGCAUUCCCAGACAGGCCCCCACAAUUCGGUCCUCCUAUCCCUGGCAAAGGGUAUGAGGUCGAAUCUGUGGAGGAUGAGUCAGGGACAGGUCCAGGACUUCGAAUGGACUCCCGCAAUGGAGGGAAGGCGGCAUGGACAAGCGCCACGGAGUUGAGAAAGCUACCCUCCACGGUCGAGGACGAAGCAUUCGUUGCUGAUGUCGGUGAUGGUAGCGACGUCACUGACACUGCUGCAGAUGCAAGUAGUGAAGUCGACGCCAUCGUGUUGAUGGUCGAGGAAAUCAACGUUGGUGAUGUUGUUGAUGUGAUUGAUGCCGUUGCAGAUGGCAUCGUCGCAGGCACUGUAGUUAUGGUUGAUGUCAUUGAUGUGAUUGUCGCUGUCGCUGAAAUCAUAGUCGUACGCGCCGUCACUGUUGUUGAAGCAGUUAUCCCUAUUGUAGAUGUUUCAAUUGGCAGCCGCUCCUUCAACUCAUCGUAGUAGUCUACACCCUGGCUGAAAAUCAUGUUACAAUUGUUUAUCAGAGUGUCAGCCCGCUGCCAAUCUACGAAGGGCUCCAGUGCUGGAUCCUCCACAAUCUGCCAGAGGAUAGUUGACAGUUGUUGGCACUUAUCCUCCAGCCAUGUGGCCAUGGUAGAUCCCCCCCAAUCCACCACUGACCCUGCCUGGGCCACGGAGGCCAAGGCUCCAACAAUCCAUUGCAUAUGCUGUUGCGUAUGUUCCAGCUCGGCCACCCAUUCAUCUGCUUGCCGUUGAAGAUUCUCGGAUAAACCUGUCUCCUGUAG